UGCAUUACAACAUAAAAAUGUUACAAAAGUCUCAUUGGUCCCUAAAAUACUUUCAUUUCACUUAUUAUAUAUGAUGUCUUAUUUUUCUCUAUACUGAUUUCGGGGUGAAAUAUGACCCAGCCUUUCUGCCAGAAGAGAGCAGCUUGCUUAAGACCAGUCUACUGGACUCCUAACAGAAACUGAAGCUGUUUUCUUGUAAAAAUGAUGCAAAAAUGUCACUAAUGGAAAGUAUUCCGAGAGCAUUUGUGCGCCGUUGUGUUUUUACAUUCUUAUGGUUCAGACCGGUCCGUGACAGUGAUGUUCCCGUCCGCUGAGCGAAGUCUUAAUUACAUUUGAACCGAUAUUGAUCUGCUAUUGUAACAUGCCGCCCGCGGGCGCCGCGGUGACGUCACGCCGGACUCCCGGUAACGGAGCUGAUCCUCCACGCGCUCUGCACUCACUCAGCCGCUGGAAACAACGGCACAUGAGGGACGUAAGACGGUGAACUGCUGAGGCUUUGCGCUUUUCCUGCUCUCUGGUCGGGUUUGCGGUGGAUUACGCGCGCGCUGGACGAGCUCUUGUGUUUACUGAAGAAGAUGAGCGGUUUGAGAGAUGAAGCUCGCGCUGAACGCCCCUCGGGUGGUGUGAUGACGAGCGAGUGAUGAGCUGUGGUGAGGAAUGUCCGUCUGUCUGCUGCUGGUCCUCUUCACGCUGACCGCAAGCACUCAGGUGUCUUCUGGGAAAUCUCUGAAGCUGCUGCAGGAACAAUGGAGGACGUACACAAAUGAGUGCAUUCAGAGCUUCAUCAGCACACCGCCGGCCGCAGGGCCGGUGUGUAACAGGACGUUUGAUCAGUACGUGUGUUGGCCCGAUGGAUCGCCGGGCACCACGGUUAAUGUGUCCUGCCCCUGGUACCUGCCCUGGUACCGGAAAGUUCAUCAGGGGCUGGUUUACCGCGUGUGCGGCGCUGACAGCAGAUGGGCUCAUGGGAAGAACACCAGCGAGUGUGAGCAGGACGAUCCAGGACAGAAGCAGUACGGUCAGAUCCUCAGUAAGUUCAGAGUCAUGUACACGGUGGGAUACUCUCUGUCUCUGGCAGCACUGACUCUUGCACUGGCCAUCCUCAUCACCUUCAGGAAGCUGCACUGCAUGAGGAACAACAUCCACAUGAAUCUGUUCGGCUCCUUCAUCCUGCGCGCUCUCUCCAUCCUCGUCAAAGACGCGCUGCUGGAUCAGAUGAGCAGCGCUCACUUCCAGGGGCAGCGCUGGGUCGGCGCUCAGAAGGUGAGUGGCUGCCGUGUUGCCAUGGUGAUGAUGCAGUACAGUGUCAUGGCCAACAACUACUGGCUGCUGGUGGAGGGUCUGUAUCUGCACAGCCUGCUGGUCAUCACCGUCUUCUCCGAGAGGAACUACUUCUACAUUUACCUCUGCAUCGGCUGGGGUGCGCCGCUCAUAUUUGUGCUGCCGUGGAUGACAGUCAAGUACCUGUAUGAAAAUGAAGAAUGCUGGGAAAGGAAUAUCAACAUGGGCUACUGGUGGAUCAUCCGUUCUCCCAUUCUGUUUGCGUAUCUGAUUAAUUUCAUCAUAUUCAUUCGUAUAAUAAAGAUUCUGAUGUCCAAGCUGAAGGCGCAUCAGAUGAGAUACACAGACUACAAGUUCAGGCUGGCCAAGUCCACGCUCACGCUGAUUCCUCUGCUGGGAAUUCACGCCAUCCUCUUCACCUUCGUCAUCGAUGAGUCCGUGCCGAAGGAGUCUCUUCUGAGGCUUAUCCGCCUCUUCUACGACCUCCUGUUCAGCUCCUUCCAGGGUCUGCUUGUGGCAAUCCUGUACUGCUUCGUCAACAAAGAGGUCCAAAACGAGAUGCUGAAGAAGUGGAAGAGGUGGAAACUAGGCAAGGACAUUGAGGAAGAGUACCGUCACACCCACAGCCAGACGCCCCACGCCAAAAGUGGCAGCAUGGUCCCAGCUCUGACCCAUGAAUGCCCCGAAACCCCAGAACUGGCGGCCAUGGCCUCGGCAGAGUCCCAGCAUCUAGUGACGGGCCUUCAGAACGGAGUGAGCCAGAACCGGGGUCGUGUGAGGCUGCAGUUGACCUCCGAGCCACAGGAGGGCGCCAGCAACUGCAGCUCUCUGACGGAAGACAUUUGUCUGGAAGAGCGUCCUGUCAACAGUGAGUGGUCAGCGGUGGUGACAGAAACCAACGUUUAACACUAAUGGAUCAAUGGAGAUGAUGUUACAUUCCAGAUAUGGUCUUCAUGUUAGCAAACAGGCUUAUGUCAUGAGAAAGCAUGGAUAUGUGGAUCUAGUAACCUUUAAAAACAAAUCACAAUUAUCUUCUGAGUUGGUAAAUAAUCUAACAGUAUUAAUUAUUGGUGCCUUCUGAAAGUGCAGUCACAUUUACUACUGCUCAGCAAAAUUUCGCAGAUGAAAUUACCAGUGCUGGUGAAGGUUACUUUUUCAAGUAAUGCAUUACAGUAUUUUUGUUGCUCCCUAAAACAGUAACUAAUGGUGUUACUUUUAGUUACGUUUUAUGGAAAGUAA